GCCAAGGAAAACAAACUUUUUGAAACAUACUUCCAGUGUUGCUAUUAUAUUUGUUACAUUUUAUGUAGUUACCUUAUUUUUCUAUAGUAACACUGACUUUGACAGUACAAUUACGAAAACACAAGCGCAUAAAUGUCUCCCCGCGAUAUUUUCGUAAGAAAUGACUUCUACAAAUGAUGGGAAAGACGUGAAAAGUAAUCAAACAAGUGGCCCAAAAGGCAAAACAUAUUACAUUGAACUUUACAAGGCGCUCGAAGCCGGUCUGAACAGCGACUGUGCGCUUCGCGAACGUACGCAACACUUGUGCGAAGCGUGGCGACGCAUUCACAGUCUCUGUCAGCACUCGGCUUCCACCACACACCCACACUUGCUGACCUGGCUGCAGAGGCACACUGCUAAGACUGUGCUGCAGACAGAAUGGCAGUCCCCAAAAAUCAAGGAUCAACAUAAAAGGCUUGAGGAUGCCAUCAACGCGUUUAUCCAGGAGUGUGGGGGUCGAACGAGCAAGGAUGCAGUUCUACCAGCCUGGGAAGUACAGCUGUUGGCGAGAGCGGAGUUUUUUAAACAGAUCCUCAGCAACCCCUGGGGGCACCCUGUCCUUAGGGUGCUCCUGGAUCCCAGGGGAGAACCACCAUCGAAUGAGGAAGUACUAGCAUGGCUGAAGGAGGAGCGCGGCGUGAUGUUCGUGACGCGGUUGCGUCAGCUGGCGGCGUCCAAGUGCGACGACUUGGCGCUGGCGCUGUGCUCCGCCGUCCUCGACCGGGUCCGCGCCUGCGCUCCACCCACCUCCGACACUGAAGCUGAUGGCAUCGCCGAUCUUAAGGAUAAGUCGGACUCAAAGAAGACGUUCGAGGAUAUCCUGAAGGCGGAGGCGGGGUUCACAGUGGAUGUGUUGGAACUGCUUGUUGAUAUGGAGUUUGUACUCCUCUAUAAAGGAGACAAACGAUCGCAUUGUAUCGAACUGGCCAAACAAACGCCUCUCCGCAAUGGCUACCAGCUGGUGGAGAGGCUGCAAAGUCGGCUCGAGACAUCGCCCCGAGAGAAGAAAUUAUGGAAGAACGCCAAAGAUGUUGCGACAUUGAUUGCACAGAGCACCCCGGACAUGAAGCCAUUUGUGUGUGAAUUGUACGUGCGAGCAAUCACUGCUGGCAUGAACGAGCUUGAGAGGCUCAAACUUAAGACUGAAAAGGAGGCUGAAGCCCGCGGUGCGGAGCAGACACUGGCGGGUUGGUUCACCCAGCUGGGCGCGCUGCUGGCUCCCAGCGCGCGCCUGCGGGCCGAGUGCGCGCUCACUGCCUUCUCCGUGCAUCCCUCGCCGCAUCUGUACGAACGCGUCAGCAAGGCCACGCCGCCGCCGCCGCCGGCCAGGGAUGUUCACGAAACGAAAGAGGAACCAACUUCUGAAUUCGGUAGUUGGGCGAGCGAUUCCCGUUCGCAGACAAAUUUUGUGAAGACAUCAGAGACUUUGAAUCUUAAACAUACGAAGAAUCAGGCCAAUGUGUUGUCUACUGCGAUAUUCAGUGAGGCCGAAGCCCUAGGGAUCAGCCCGGAGCUCUGCACUGAUAUUGCAGUAUUGUUGUCUGGACCUAGACUGAAGACCCUUUCAUGGGAUAUGGACAGGGAUAAAUUAUUAGAUAACUGUCGAGCGUACAUGGAGCGUACGAAGUUCGGUACCUGUGCGCUGACCACGGAGUUGAAGUAUUUGAACCUGGACCCGAGCCAGUUCCAACAUCUACCCGAGGAGGAGGAUGACGACACUGACAUGUACUACGGGAUUGAGAAAGGCUACGAGCAUCUCGUAGAACAAUACCAGGAUCCUGAAGAAAUAUGGCAAGAUGCUGAGGACUCAGAAAGAACACAGAGUGCAGUGUCUACUGACAUUGAGGAUAGCCCCGUGCGAACCAAGAAAAUACCGAGAAAGACCAAGAAACCCCUCUCCUCAGAGGACGAUUCAGACCCUCUAAGUCUCGUCGCAGAAGCCAAAAGAAUAGAAAAGAAGAAAGAACGACCCCACAGCAAAGAAAGAAGUAAAGAGCGUAAACGAACAAAACCUAAAGCGAAACCCAAAGAUCCUUUAGAGGUAACUGAACCAGAAGUAAACCAAAGUACAGAGGUAAAGAAAGAACCUAAAAAGAAAGAAAAGCGGGAGAGAAAGAAGAAAGAAAAGGCGGCUAAGGCUCCGGCGCCUCAAGCGAAACCCUCUUCUUUGUCAAAUUUGAUUGGAAUGAAAGUUUCUAAGAUUACAAACCAGAGACCAGAGAUUGUGAGGCCUGCUAAAAUACCCUCAGUCAGCGACAAAACCAAUGAACCUGAUGUCCUAUUUGAUGGCCUAUUUUCUAUGGACGAAUUAAAAUCACCAGAAAAGAGUCCAGAUAAGAAUCAAGUCAAGAAAACUGAACCACAAAUUGCAAAUGUAACAAAUCCACCACCAGUUGGAAUCAAUCAGAAUGUACCAACAAAUGAGAUUGCAAUGCCCAAAGUACAGGAAAAACCGAGGUCUAGGACAAGUUCUCCAAGCAAUUUGACCUCUACUUUCAGCCCAAGCAACAUGUCUGUGAAGGAAAGUUUAAGUAAACUGCUACACUAUAGGCGACAGAAGUCUUUUCCUGACAUGGAACCAAAAAUUAACUUGCAACCUAAUGUAGUUCAUACUUACACUUAUAAGAAAGGAACUGAUACGCCAGUGAUAACUCCUCAACCUCCAAAGCCGGUGCCACUAUCACCCACACCUGCUCGUGUCUCUCCGAAGCUAGUCCAAAUGUCAUCAACCCCAGCUCAUGUCUCUCCAAAACCUCAAAUCCAAGAUACUUCAAAAAUCUUCAUUAAUCAGACCCAGUCGGCACAACUAACAGAUUUAAAGAACGAAGUUAACAACUUACUGAGUUCUAAAACUUUUGGAAUAGCAAGACCUGUCGUGCCUUGCACCCCCAAGACUGUAAAAUUGAACAAUUCUCUGCCAAGUGGAAGCCGUUUCCCGAGUCCAAGUGUACAGAAAUUACCACCAGAUUUGUACAGACCCACGGCAGAUACAAAGGCGUUACGUCCAAAUAUUUUAAAUAAGCAACAACCAGAAAAAUGUAAUACUCAAAAAUUUCACGCAUUCCUUAAAGAACUUCAGGAGUCUAUUAACGCAGGAGCGGGCGAACACAUUAGUAAAUCUACUUCUAGCAGAAAAGAAAUUAAACCACUAAGCAGGGUCACUCCAGUACUGCCCGCAGCGAAAGCUGAACAGAAAUCGUCUCCCCAAAGUGCCAAACAAACUCAAAAGAAAUCUGAUAACCUUUUAAACACGUUUUCGCGCCUCAGUUAUAUACACAAAAAUAAAAUAGACUCAAAAAUUAACGGAGUGAAUCCCGUCGUCGAAGCCCUGAUAGAAUAUCAGAGUAAAACGCUUCAAAAUCCCCCGAAUGAAGCUGAAAUAGACCGGAUUGUAAUUGAACAGAAAAAAGCAAAAGAGAAAUAUUUGUCAAUAAAAAAUGAGCGAUACGAUAGACAAUCAUAUCAGCAACAUGACAACAGUCUGAGUGUACAAAGGAAGAUUGAUAAACCAAAACAAAGUAUUUCGAAACAAAAUCCCGUAAUGGCGAACAUGCUGUCAAGUACGAAGCCAUUGAAACCUGAGAUUCAUAACAAAAAUAAUAAAUUGGAAUCUCCACAGGAUAAACCAACACUAAAUGCAUUGACAGAAAAAGAUCAAGAGGAAUUAGUUCUUCUUUUGCGUCAGCAAUCCAAACUUAAUCAACAAAGACCAUGUGUUAAGGAGAGAGUUCCUCCCCCACAGACGAUUACAUGUCCCACACCUUCAAGCUUUCCUAAUCCCAGUUCUAGUCAGUCGCUCAUAAAGAACAAGAUUUUAGAAACUCCUAAUAUCAAUAUAAGCAAUGUCAGCAUUAAACAAGUUACUAAACCUAGUCCGAGUAUAAAGCCAUCGAACCUCAAUAAUUGUGAUCCUAAACCACAAACAAAACCUAUAAAUAUGGUGAAGACUGAAUAUAACUUUCCUAAAACAGUAGACCCGAAGGUGCAUAAGAUUGAACUCUUUAGUAACAAUGAGGUCAAGAGCAAACACAAACCUGAUACAGCUAAACCUGGUGAUAGUAAAGAAACUGAUUGGGAGAAGGUGAUGGACGCCAUUUUAUCUCAUAAGACCCCAAGCAGAGGGCCAAACGCUCUCGACAUGGCAUUGAAUAAAGACAGUUAUAAAAAGACAAUUUCAGAAAGCCUGCGCAAUCAAAGGAUAGUCAAGACAAACUCUACUGGAGAUAAUAAAAUUAAAAUGAUAAAUGUGAUAACCAAAGCUCCGACGAAUUCGGUAAUGAAUGUUGACCCGAAAACGAGCCCUCCCCCGCCCGCAUUGAGUCGGUCAAACUCUGAAACUGUAAUCAAAACCAGUAAAAGUAAAAAGGCCCCGGUUAAGAGUCUUCUGAAACCGGUAAACACCACUACUACAGAAUUCACUUCGAACAUAAAGCCGACACAACCCGAAAUGUCGAAACGUCAAACUCAAUCUGAAAAAAGAUCAAUGCAUUCCUCAAAAGACCAGACAGAGGUGUAUAAGAAAAUACCGUUAAAAAAUAAUGAGAAACCAUUUACUACUACAUAUUUCAAACAUGACGACCCUUUCAUCUCGGGUAUACCUAACUCGGAUUAUGAUCUCCUUGAGGAAUUGAUGGACGAUGAUUUACGACAAGAAAUCGGAGAAUUAUCAUCAGACGAAGAGAGUUAUUCAACUCCCAUGCACGGCCUAAAAGAAAAGUCUUUCAAUAUGAGUAAUGUUUCCAUUCCUGUAGUGCGAGAAGAAAGACGCUCAAAUUCAACAGCGAUUAAUAAUGUCGCAGUGCAUAAGAAAACCGAUCCAAAAGUGGUAGUAUGCGAAAUCCCAAAGACUGUCUUUGAUCCUUCCAAGCAACUGCAUACUCCAGGAUUUAUCGACCCAAAAUGUGUCACUAAAAAUGUUGAUGUUACAAAUCCACCAGUAACUGUUCAACAGCUACCUAAAAGUGUUAAUACUUCUUCGAAGAAGACAAAUAAACCAAGCCUUAAUGUUAAAAUUGAUCAGUUACGAGCAAAGAGUCAGACUAAUACAUCUACAGCUGGAGUACCGCGGCAACCUACCUUAAAAAACAUGGUUCUUAUCGGUUCAGACGUUGUGUAUCAACCUUGCACUAUUCAAAAUCCUAUUCGCACAGCUGCUCCAACACAAAACACAUAUGUUGCAUUUAAUAACCAGUCAAAUAUGGCUAUCUAUCAGACCACACAAUUCGCUUCAACAGUAAAUCCUGUUAUCAUAGGAAAUGCUACAGCAAAAUUAACUGAAAGUAACCAAACGACCACUGAAAGCGAAGAAGUAAUAAAUAAUGUUCCAAACAAGACUGCACACGAUGCUAAAAACGAUAAGUCAGAACCUAAACCUAAUUCAGGUGAUAACGUGAAUGGUGACAUUAUUUCGAAAAACGAUAAAGAAAAAGUUGAUGUUAAUUCUAAUAAGAAUAUUUCUGAAAGGAAGGUCCUAUCUGAGGUGCAGGAAAAACAGAAGGUUGCCGAGAAAACAGAACAGAAGACAAGAAGCCAAUCAAAGGCGAAUUGCGACAUGGUCAAUGAGGUAUUAAAAGACCAAGAAAGACUGCAAAAGAAACGCAUGUCUAUACUAAAUCGGAAUAUUAUUCACCGAAGCGAUAAGCAAGCAAUUCCGUUAACGUAUGCUCCAAUUAUCGCUAUCAAAAUAGUACCAGCUGUACCUCAAGAAAUUAAUAACGAAAAGAAUAUUUCUGCUUGCACUAAAAUUGACAAUACAAUUCAAACUAUAAAACUAGGAACACUGGUGAACCUUAAAGUGUUGAAUGUAGAGAAACCUGUUAAGCACGACGCUAACAAAAAAUGUAAAGAAAACAAAGAUAAGACACCACGUCGUAUCGUAUUGCGAUCUUCUAGUAACAAGGAAAUCAGCUUAGAUGCAAUUACAGUCAAGAAGGUGGCUGCACCUAAGAAAUCUAAAGCUAGAAUAAAACCUGUGGUUACCGUCAAUAAAAUUAUUGAGGCCACUAAGCCUAAAACAUCGAAGAAGCCAGCACCUAAAAAGACACUUAAUAAAACUAUAAAGAAAGUGGAAGUAAAGAAGAAAGCAACUAAAGCCCAACCUAAAAGAAAUACGAAGCUAAAACUUAAUAUUGACAAUAAACCCGAUUUGAUUCAGGAGGCAGAAAUACCAAACAAACAAACAGUGAUGAUGGAUCUUGAGGAUCAAAUAGUAACAUCUAAAAUCCUUAAAGUAAUAUCCCCAGACCAGCCUGUACCAUCCUUAGUUGAAAUUCCUAAUGUGGAUGAGAUUUUGGAAAGCGUUGAAAGCGACACUGUCGUUAAUAAUUGUACGAGCCCAAGCAUUCUAGACAAUGAGGACUCACUUAGCCUCCUGUUACGACCUCAGGCUGAUGGCACGGAAAAGGAUAUUACAGUUACUCCUGAAAAAAAUGUUGAUGAAAUUUCAUUAGCCAAAGAGGUCGCCGACACUUUAGUAACUGACACUACGAAAGCUGAUGCAAACAUUAAACAAUUAGUAACAGAUCCUGACGUUGUUGACGAAAUUGAAAGUUACGUGAAAAAAUUAGAAGAUAGCAUAAAAGAUACAACUGACAAACAACACAUAAGUUUAGCUUGUAAAGAAAUAAUGUAUAAUACAGAUGAAUCUUGCACAAGUUCACUUUCUGAACUUCCAAUCGAAAUUCAAACUGAAACUCGAAAAGUUGAAGCAGAAGUCAAUAACAAAAUAUCUGUUGACAAUAAUGUAGUUGAUGCUCAAAAAGUAUUUGACGACAAUGUUGAUGAAGUAAUAUGUAUUGACGAAGAUGAUGAUGACGAACCUGUCGAAAACAACGGUUUAAUUAACAGUGACGGUGGACGAAUCGAUGACAUACCACUAUCUUAUUUGAAUUCUAUUAUAGUCGAAGAUAUAUCUCAUAUAAAUACAGGCGAUCCGUUAAAAAAAAUUGUGCGGAUUAAGCUACCGUGUGGUAAAGUAUUUAAGGCGACCGUCCACGGUCAAACGAAUCUAAACAUCAAAACAUUAUUUACGGUCCAUGCACUAAAAAAGAUUUUAUUGACCAACAUAUUAUCUCAAAGAAAGCGGUAUACUUUAAACAUAAAACAACUAGGGAGGUCUUACGUAAUCCAAUCUGAAAGAGUACCAAAUAAUGAAAAUAGCUUAGCAUCUGGAUUGCCAGCUGGCGAGGUGGAAACAAUCGAUUUACUUAGUGACUCCGACGAAGAAACCCAGUGUAUUCAAACACAAUAUGGCAAAUACAACAUAAAAAAUAUAGAUAAAGACUUAUUGGAAAAACAUCAAAAAGUGUUAGAUAAAGUGUGUUAUGUAAAAUUAACAAAAUGUGAUUUAUCUAGUCGUUCAAGCAGCCAGAAUGAUUUGACGAAAGAUAACGUACAAACGGAUACGUCUACAGCACCUAUUCUAGAUGGAUCUGUUUAUGAAGAUAUUAUUUUUUCACCUAUGUCUCAAUCUACACUGGAUAUCAUUCCACCUGCAUUUGAAGCUGAUACCUCACUUGCUGCUAUUGAUGUGCAACCGAUGAGCGUGCCCGAAGUACAAUCAAUUGUUCAAACUGAAGCAGAACCCGUAACGAUACCUGAUGUGGAAGUGGUACCUGAACCUGAUUUGCCACCAGUUACGAAACCAAAAAGUCGACCAAUAAUUCUCUCUAAUGUGUUAAUAUGUCCACCUGGUAAGCAUUCUCUAGAAAAGCACACUGCGUCUAAAUCAGUACCUAAGACAGAUAAACAGUUGGUACUCAACCCUGUCCCUGUACUAAUAUCCGAACCUGAAAUGCAAUCAGUUUCUGUGGUCCGUGAUGUGCAACUAGGAUCCGGGUUCGAAUUACGGUUAGGGUCGAAGUCUGUAGAGCUACCAGUUCCUAAGGCCGAUGACCUUGUAUCGAAGCCCGAAGAGCAGACAGCGGCAAUGCCUGAACUACCUCAAAUGGCUACAUGUGAUGGACACAGUUUCAAGCCCGGACUGCAAUCUGGGUCAAAUCUUGAGGAGCAGCUAGUUUCUCAGUCUAAAGUGCCAACAGAUCCUAAACUUCAUGAUCAACUGAUAUCCAAUCCCAAAGAGCCAAGAAUUUCUAUACCAGAGAAGCAAUCAGGCUCUAAAUUAGAAAUACUGCCAGUUACUAACAUGCAGUCUGUGCUCAGAUUUGAAGAUCAACUCAAAGUUCCACCGGUUUCUAAGCUUGAUCUGCAACAAACUUCAAAUUCUGAAAUGCCAUCAGUUGCCACGGCAGAUGAGUCUAAAACACAAACGCCGCUGGCUUCUAGACCUGAAAUGCUACCUAUAUUAACACUUAACGAACGUUCAACUUUGACGGCCGAACCUCAAUCUGUUUCUAUACCAAAACUACUAGUGUCAAAUGCUGAAGAUAGACAGGGUCGUACACCGGACUUGCAAACUACACUAGCUCCUGAUAUGAGACCGGUUUCCAAGAUUGACCUGCGGCGCGCAUCUACCUCUGAUUUCAGGUCACGACGUGAUCUGCACCGUAGUUUGCGGCCUAGUGUGAUUAUACGCAAUCAAAAUAUUAAAUCAAGAAAUCAAAUAAAUAUUGCAUCUAAAUCUGUGUUGAAAGAACCUAUUGAGGUAAUAGAGAUCGAUGAUUCAUCCAGUGACGAACAUGAAACUAUCACAGGUCUGAUGCCGUCUAUAGAACGAAGAGAACCAAUAAGCAUUACCCGUGAGAACGAUACAUCAACUGAAAUGAAUGAUAACGCAAAACCAGUCGAAGAAAAGAUAAAUGAGUUUAGAAAUCUAUUAUUUAAAGAACUUGGUAUAGAUUUGGCUGACACUUCUAUGCCACCAAACGAACCUAAUCUAGAAGAACCUUCUGAAAGUUCUGCACAUACAAACGACAUAUUCUUUUCUUUGUUUGAUUCGCCUCAAGUUUUUGAAGGCGGGCUUUCAGAUAGCAACAAAUCUUCGCCCAGUCAUCUCCCGAAAACGCGAGAAUGUUUUGUAAAGGUACCAAAAUGUGACGAUCUACUAGAAGCGACGGGAAAUAAUGGAUCAAUAUUAACAUCUGAAGAGGCUGAAAUUAAAUCGGCAUCGGUACAACCAGAUGCAAUCAUGAAUGAAACAGAUUUGUUAGCUGAAAAUACAAACAAUGCUAUCGAUAAUUUCGCAGAAGCGGAUAUGAAAAACGAACGUCAUAUGAGUUUAGUAAAUCAUGUUAUAGGUACUCAAGAUCUUUGCAAACAAUCGGAUACAGAAUUGGUGCAACACGAAGUACCAACAGAAAGUGUCAUACAAUUGCAAGGGAUACAAGUUGAAAACGCUGCUCCAGAGGAAAGAGGUGCAGAAUACUCUGAAACUGCUGAUCUAAAAUCACAAGACAUUCAAGCUUCUGAGUUAUACGAAAUUGAAACCAUUACUAAAAGAGUCGAGACUGAAAACGAAUUCAAAACUUCGGAGAAAGUGACAAUAGAGAAUAAUGAGAUAAGUGCUUUACACACACACAUGAUACUCGAGCAACUUCAAUCGCCAUCAGGGGAUGUCUGUGAAGAAAAAGACUCCGAAAAAGAAGAAACGAAUGAUUCACCAACACAAGAAUCAAAGAUUUUGGUGAGUAAUCGUACAGAUUUCAUAGUGCAAAGUGAAGACACAGUUAACACAACACAAAGUACAGAAUCGAAUGUGGAAAAUAUUGCAGACAGUAUCGAUGCAAAAUUAAAAGAAGUUGAAAGAAACCUGCGAAACAUUUUUGAGUAUACCGAAGACGAAAUUGAAGAGAAAGUUAGUAGGCCGACCCAUGCAACGGAAUCAAUUGAUUUGGAAGAUGAAGAUUUCACGUAUAUGCAAAUAGAAUCCAAACUGCAGAGUAUUUGUGGAGGUAUGGUCACAAAAGAUGUCAACACAAAAAUUGAAGAAAGAAGGGACACCUUAGCUAUUGAAGAAUCUCAAGAAGCCAGGGAAGACAAUUUAAUAAAGAUUCGUUCGUAUCUACGAAAUAUUUUCGAAGGUACUGAUGAGCAGAGACCGAGAACGCCAGUUAUGGAUCAUUCUUAUGGUUCUCCAUGCCCUCCUAAUGUAACACCAGAAAAAACGGACACUACAGGUGUUCGCGAGAAAAACAAUCACCGAAUUUUGAAUAUUGACACAGAAGCUAAUGAAAUAACAACUGAAGAAAAAAUAAUCGAUGAGUCGCCCUCUGUUGGUGACGAUGAUGAAAUCGUCACAGUACUUAAAGUAAUAGAUUCUGAUUCAAGAGAAAAUUCUCUUGCACCCGAAACUGACGCAGCCCCAAAAGAAAAUGAAGUACUUAAUGCAAUAAAAGUAAACAAUGAACGUAACCUAAAUGAAGACUCAAAAGAAGAUGCUUUUAAUCAGAACCAAGUUUGUCAAUUUGUUUUGGUUGAUGACAACAAUUACUUUAUAGAAGAAAUCGUUGAUAUGCAUAGCGACGAAAUUCUUGAUGACGAUAUGGCGGAAACAGUUAUCGCUAAUGCAUCAGGUCGAAUGAAUAUAUGUUCAAAUCGAGACCAGAUUCCGAGCUCAUUAUCGAAGCCUAUUCCAAGCCUAAUGAUGAAUUAUGGGGAUGGUAAUAAAAAUCCUAAUGUACUGAUAACCCAACAAAUUGGUGCACAAGGUCAGAUUGAAGAAAUAGACAUUAAGCUCAAUGUUCCUAUGGUAUCGUAUUCCAAGAAAUAUCCGAAUGGCCUGCAUUUUGAUUAUGUUUUUAGAGGUAAUAAAACAAAGAGCUUGAAGCGGAAGGCCGAGAUGACUGAUGUGAAAUUGUAUGAGAAGAAAUAUAGGAAAGGAAAGAAUAUUGACUAUCCGAAAAUUACUAUCACAACUAUGGGUGACUCUGCGUACAGCAAGGAGUUCAAGCGACUUCUGGAUUACUGCAGCUCCGUAAAAUUUUCUUAUUCACGACCUUUUCAUAAAGAGCACAUAGAUGUGCAUGAGCUAUUAAAAUCAUGGCCUAUAAGAGGUAUUUGUAAAAUAGACCAACCUGAGACUGAACCGGACGAGACGUUAUUUUCUGACAUGGAUCAGAUGGGUGAUAAAUCGCCCGAUCCAAGGACGCUGACAUUAGCUGAAGAAAUUAGCACUGAAUAUGACAAAACAGACUACAAAACUUGCGACACAAAUGAAACUAAUUUCCAUAUGGGUUUUGAUCCAGAUUUUAUAGAUCCUGUGCCAUUCGAAGCCGUUGUUCAGGUUGUGCAAGUUGGACAAUUACCUGUCAGCGCGUCCGCUCAGAAUCCUGUCACAUGUGAUCCUCGAGUCACGCAAGUGUCGAACGUUAGUCCAUCGCAAUGUUCCGCUGAAAACAGUCCCGGCGAUGACCAAUCUGUGAUAAAAACAGAGUACACAGAACUCACAACCGCUGAUUUGAGCAUGCCUUUGGCUCAAGAAUACGUUCAACAUAUCCAGUCAAUGCCAGUACCAUCACAUGAUGAGAUGAAUUAUCCGAUGGCUAGUAAUUUCACCGUCGAUGUAGACAUAAAACCAGAAAUUAAAAUAGAAAUGGAAGAAACACCUGAAAUUAAAGAAGAGACGCCUGUGCCUGUGUCUGUGCCUGUGCAUGAAGAAUAUCCUCAUCUCAAGCAGCACGAACACAUGCAUAUGCAUCAACCAGAACACGAGCAACAAUACCAGCAACUCCAGCCAGAACUCGAGCAAUAUCAUCAGAUGCAGCAAGAGCAUGAGCAAUAUCAACAUCAGGACCAAUACCAACACCAGCAGAAACUUAUACACGAGCAGUAUGAACAAGAACAGCAACAUCUUCAACAACAACAACACGAAUAUGAGCAACGACAGUUAGAACUGCGCCAGUUACAAUUUGAACAAGAGCAACAAAAACUACAGCAGAUGCAGGAACAUCAGCUUAAACAACAACAAGAGGAGGAACAGAGGCAACAACAACAACGUUUACUUGAGUUAAAGGAACAAGAGGAAUUGAAACAACAACAACAUUUACAAGAGCUGAAACUGCAACAAGAAGAACUGCAACACCAACAACAUUUACAAGAGCUAA